AUGGAACUUGAAGCUCAAGGUAACAGUACUGCCAUGAAGAAAGUCCUUCUCGUACUGAAUUGCAUCCUAUUAUCUAUCGGAAACUGCGGCGGCCCACUAAUAAUGAGGCUUUACUUCAUCCACGGCGGCAAGCGAGUGUGGCUCUGCAGCUGGCUCGAAACCGGCGGCUGGCCAAUCAUUUUCCUGCCGCUCACCGUCACAUACUUUCACCGCCGUAGCACCCAAGGCCAGAGAGCCAAACUCUUCUUCAUGAAGCCACCUUUGUUCGUUGCCUCCGCAGUGAUAGGAAUCCUCACCGGCUUCGAUGACUACCUCUAUGCCUAUGGCGUGGCGCGACUUCCUGUUUCAACCAUUUCUUUGAUCGUUGCUUCUCACCUUGCCUUCACUGCAGGGUUUGCUUUCGUUUUGGUGAAGCAAAAGUUCACCCCGUAUAAGAUCAACGCGUUGGUUUUGCUGACAAUUGGAGCGGGUGUUCUGGCUUUACACACGAGUAACGACCGUCCGGAGGGUGAAUCAAAUAAGCAGUAUUUGGUUGGGUUUCUGACGACGCUAGGAGCCGCCGCGCUAUAUGGGUUGUUGUUGCCGUUGAUUGAGUUGGCGUACAAGAAGGCCAAGCAGGCCAUUACGUAUUCGCUGGUGAUGGAGGCUCAGAUAGUGAUGUCUUUGUUUGCGACUCUUUUCUGCACAGUAGGGAUGCUGAUUAACAAGGACUUCAAGGCAAUUCCAAGAGAGGCGAGUGAAUUCGGGCUCGGGGAAACAAAGUACUAUGUGGUCCUAGCAUGGAGUGCAAUUUUUUGGCAGGCUUUCUUCUUGGGAACGAUAGGAAUCAUCUUUUGUGCCUCGUCUUUGCUAUCUGCUGUUGUAAUCGCGGUUCUACUCCCAGUGACAGAGGUCCUAGCUGUUAUUUUCUACCAAGAAAAGUUUCAGGCAGAAAAGGGAGUUGCUCUGGCGCUCUCUCUUUGGGGCUUUACCUCAUACUUUUAUGAAGAGAUAAAACAUAGCAAGAAUAAGAAGCCCACCCCAGAGACAGAAAUGCCUCAAAUUCCUAAUCCAUGA